CAGACUAACAGUAGGCAAAUGCCAUUGCACUGGGAUAGUGGCCGCGGUGGAAUGUGCCACUACAGCGCUCUCGCGAGCAUUAAGUGACCUGUCCCAGAAUUCUAGAGAAACGUUUUUAGAGGCCUCGGGGUUGCUGCUCAUCAGGGGGAAACUCAUCUUACUUUUCUUAAGGAGACAUCAAUUGAGCAGCUAUUUGAAAUAUAAUUACUGGGGAAAAGAAUAGCUGAAUAAAUGGAUCAGAUCAAAUGAAAUCCUCUGGAAAGAUAAGAAAUACAGAGCCUACUACUGAUACCGAAUUAGACACAAAUACUCAGUCUGCUGUCAUGACAACCGAAUCAAUUUUUUUGAAGACACUUCAGUCAAAUUUUCUGCAUGUAAUGGCAUAUGAAAACCCAAUUUUACAACAGAAAGCCUUGGCUUGUAUUCCACUCCAAAAUCUGAAAAAGCAAGCUCAGAAAAAGUUAUCACAAGCCCAAAAACUGGACAGAGAUUGCAUUCUGAGAGAAGAGGAUAUUCUUCUGAUGGAGUUAAUCAAUUGGUUUAAAUGUAGUUUUUUCAAGUGGGUAGACAGCUUACCAUGUAGCAAAUGCGGGAGACAGACAGAAACUAAAGAUAAUUUGUCACCUAAUGAGGAUGACCUGAGAUGGGAUGCAAGUAGAGUUGAAAAUCACUUCUGUAACCAAUGCCAGUUCAGCAACAGGUUCCCAAGAUACAACAAUCCUGAGAAGCUAUUGGAAACUAGACAAGGACGUUGUGGUGAAUGGGCCAAUUGUUUUACACUUUGUUGUAGAGCAGUAGGAUUUGAAGCAAGAUACAUUUGGGAUGCGACAGAUCAUGUAUGGACUGAAGUUUAUUCUGUGUCACAGCAAAGAUGGCUUCAUUGCGACUCAUGUGAAAAUGUCUGUGAUAAACCCCUUUUGUAUGAAAUUGGAUGGGGGAAAAAAUUGUCCUAUAUUAUUGCCUUUUCGAAAGAGGAGGUUGUUGAUGUCACCUGGCGUUACUCUUGUAAACAUGAAGAAUUGCUUUCUAGAAGGACACAGGUCAAAGAAACAGUGCUACGAGAAACAAUCAAUAAUCUUAACAAAAUUAGGCAGCAAAUAUUGAGUGAAGCAAGAAAAAAUGAGCUCUUACAGAGACUCAUUGUAGAGCUUGUUGAGUUUAUUUGUCCAAAAACACCAAAGCCAGGAGAACUUGGUGGAAGAGUGUCUGGAUCAUUGGCUUGGAGAGUUGCCAGAGAUGAAAGUGCUUUAGAGACUAAAGAAGUAGUAUUUAUUCCAACUGUAAAAGAGAAAGCCUCCAAGCUUUUUCAUCUCAGUUACAAUAUAGUGCAAGAUUGUUACAUGCGAAUAUCAAAUAAUAAUGAAAAAAUCAAUGGUUGGGAGAAUGGAGUUUGGAAAAUGGACUCUUUAUGGAGAAAGAUCGAAUCAGAUUGGGAAAUGGUUUAUUUAGCUCGAAAGGAAGGCUUCUCAUCUGGCUACAUUUCUUGGAAGUUUGAAUGUGGCUCUGUUGGUCUAAAAAUAGACAACAUUUCAGUUAGAACAACCAACCAAACAUUUGGGAGUGGAAGAGUAAAGUGGACACUGCACUCUGGAAGCAUUACAGUUGGUGUUAAUGGAGAUAAAAGACUUCAUUUUUAUCCUGAUAUUUCCAACACAACAAAUGUUAUGUUAGAAGCUGAACUAAGUGGCGGAGAUGGCAAUAUUGCAUGGCAACAUGCACAGCUGUUUAGACAAAGUUUAAAGGAAAUUGAAGACUGUUUCGAGAUAAUAAUAAAAUUGAGUGAACUCUGAAUAUUAAAUUAAUAUUUUGAUGAAACAACAACUUCUAGGAAAAAUAUUUUUAGAAGUAAAUGAAUAGGGUAAAAACCCCUCAAGAUUCGUAUUUCCAGUAUCGCUGUUGAAAACAAUCAGACUUCACUAAUAUGAAAUGCAGUGAAAUUCUACAUUACUUUGUUUUCUUGAAAUAAUGAAAAAAACAUAUCAAAGG